AUGAACGCGCGUAAAAAUCAUCACCUCUUUCCCCGCUGGUUGUUCUCCUCCGUCGUUUCCGUCGCGGAGUGUUCCUCCUCCUCCUUUGCAUCUGCCUUAAACGACGAGGAAUCUUCUUCCAAACGCCUUGAACCGUCGUCCUCGAAGAACAACAUCGACACAAAAACGAAGAAAAAUCUCCCCGCGAAAGUGGACGAGUUGAACGCAAUUCACGCCAAGCAAGCGUUGCGAGAACUCUCCCUUCGACAAAUCUCGCAAAACUACCAACCUACUCACGAGGAGAACAAAACGGUGCGCGAUUUCGUGUAUUCGUCCGUCUCGCGAGUUCUGUUCGCGUUCUCGAUAACCGGAGUUUUUGGGUUCGCGAGCGUGGACGUGAAAAGCUUAAAAAUGGGGACGAGUGGGAAGAGUACGUUUAAGAACGCGAGGAACGUAUUUCGGGCGAGAGUGAUGAUUGGCCUCGCGACGGGGGUGUUAGGAGGCAUGUUCGAACACAGGAGCGUGCAGUUUUAUAAGAAUUUAUGCGUGAAGAUUUUAGACGUGAAGGAAGGUGAGUCGAAGAUGCCCGGAGAGUUGGCGCAGAUAUUGCGAGAUUUGGAUCCGCUCGGCGAGUUCGUGAAAGACCAGGAGAGGAAGAGAAAUCGAGAGCGAUAG